CUCAGUGGCCGCUUCGCUGCGCCGAAGAUUCGGGAGGAGUUGUUUAUCCCCGGCCGAGGCUUAAGCGCUGAAUGCUGCCCCUCAGGUCUGCCGAGCAGCGCCACACCCCCGCCUGGCGGUGAGCGGAGCUGAGCCCUAGCGCCCGGCGGGUUGGGGUGACGGGCCGGGGUCGGAGGGGAGGAAGGCGGCGAUCGGGGGUUCGCACCCCGCCCCGGGGGAGCGGGGUGCCCCCGCGUGCCUCUCGCCCCUCUGCCCCGAGGUAAGGACCGACCCUGAGCGUCGGAGCGGGCCAGCCCUUCCCGGGGACCACACUGCCUCGGCCUCCGUCAGCCAUGAGCGCGUCCCGCUGCCCGCCCGCUGCGCACCCGGCGCUGCCCAACGCCUCGGAGCCCGGCGCGCCCCCUUCUCCGGGCAACCAGAGCCGCGGCGGCUUCUGCGAGCAGGUCUUCAUCCAGCCCGAGGUCUUCCUGGCCCUGGGCGUCGUCAGCCUGCUGGAAAACGUGCUGGUCAUCCUGGCCGUGGUCCGCAACGCCAACCUGCACUCGCCCAUGUACUUCUUCCUGUGCAGCCUGGCCGCGGCCGACAUGCUGGUCAGCGUGUCCAACGCCCUGGAGACCGUCAUGAUCGCCGUGGUCAGCGGGGACUACCUGCGCCUGGAGGACCGCUUCGUGCAGCACAUGGACAACGUGUUCGACUCCAUGAUCUGCAUCUCCCUGGUGGCCUCCAUCUGCAACCUGCUGGCCAUCGCGGUGGACCGGUACGUGACCAUCUUCUACGCGCUGCGCUACCACAGCAUCAUGACGGGGCGCAGGGCCCUGGGCCUCAUCGCCGGCAUCUGGGCCUGCUGCGGCGUCUGCGGCGUGGUGUUCAUCGUCUACUCCGAGAGCAAGAUGGUCAUCGUGUGCCUCAUCACCAUGUUCUUCGCCAUGAUGCUGCUCAUGGGCACCCUCUACGUGCACAUGUUCCUCUUCGCGCGGCUGCACGUGAAGCGCAUCGCGGCGCUGCCCCCCGCCGACGGGGCGGCCCCCCAGCAGCACUCGUGCAUGAAGGGCGCCGUCACCAUCACCCUCCUGCUGGGCGUGUUCAUCUUCUGCUGGGCCCCCUUCUUCCUCCACCUGGUCCUCAUCAUCACCUGCCCCACCAACCCCUACUGCAUCUGCUACACUGCCCACUUCAACACCUACCUGGUUCUCAUCAUGUGCAACUCGGUCAUCGACCCGCUCAUUUACGCCUUCCGCAGCCUGGAGCUCCGCAACACCUUCAAGGAGAUUAUCUGUGGAUGCGGUGGCCUGAACUUGAGAUAGGAUGGAAGUCAGGACCCGGAGACUCACCGCCCAGGCCCCCUCGGCUCCACACCCGGCCGCAAUGCUUAGAAAGGAAAAGGAACAUUGCUGGGAGACAGAAAAGUGUGUCACCGACCAUGAGGUUCUUUGGAAAGGGACAGAGAACAGGCUGGAGGGGAGGGCCUGGGGUGGGGCGGCCAGUCUCCAGCGAGGCCCCAGCGUGUGUCCGCCCAGGCCAGGCGCCUGCCUGCCGGCUGCCCACUUCACGGGUCCCCUGGCUGCCUCGUCAGCCGGGCUGGAGGAGCCUGGUGAACAGGAAGGUGGCUCAAGUAUCCUGCAAGCAGAGCUGUUCUCAGCUCAGCCCUCCAGCUGCCAGCUACACAGGUAGCUAUCUUUGUGCUUAUUCUGUGAAAGAUUGAGUUCCUAGCCUAUUAGCUUAUUUACGGUAAAACAACAGUCUCAAGACAGCUAUAUCUCUGUGGAAGAAGCGAUAAGAUGCUGCAUGCCCUUCUUACCCUCUCAUUCAUGCCAGCUUCUAAAACAGCAGGGAGCUGUCGCCCGCUUCUACUUCUGCUGCUCUUGUGGUGGUUGCUAUUGUUGGGGUUCUGUGCAUGAAAUCUAAGGUCGCUUUCAAAACCUGUUGGAAAAGAGAAAGUCCUGUGGGUGAUCAGACUAUAACUGUUGUGUUCUCGUAUUUUAAGACCUUGCAAUUUCAAGGUAUACGUUACUUUUUUAAAAAACAGAAAGAUAUUCUUAUUAUUCUUUACUGCUUUUAAAACAAGAGAGGAGCUCGUGGGUGGAAGGAUAUAUAUGUAUAAUUUUUUUUCCAAGAAACUGUUUCAUUGUUCUUUGAGAAACUGCAGAACUACCCUGUGGCUUCCUCCAGAGCUCUUUUCUGCUCAGAGUAACUGUGACUCUGUCACACAAUGAAGUCAACACUUCAUGUUUCCGAAAGAGACCAUCUUCUGGCUCAUUGUCCCUUUUGCGCCGCAUGAUGUUAGAGUUGGGUGACACUGUUAUUCACAUUCGUACCUUGUCAAAUAAAGCAAUUCCUUCCCGUGAGCAGGGUUAGAUUACAGGCCAGCGCUGUGUCUGGCAGGAAGUUGGGAGCAUCCGCCAGGUCCUUUCUUGGCCUGGAUCCUUUGCAUUUGUCACACACACACACACACACACACACACACACACACUCGCACUGCCAGGAAUUCAUGUAUUGUGCUGCAUCUUUGGUGUGCCAUCAUGUGUUUAUCUUAUGCUGAAAUAUAUCAGGAUGGGGGUGUACUUGAAUUUCUGCUCAUAUAAAACCAAUCGUUUCUUGUGAUUUUGUUUUGUAUGUGAAGAAUUUCUGCCUGUAUAAACAAAGCCUCUUGUUUCUUGUGAUGUUUGGAAAUAAUAAAAUGCUU